AUGGAAGAAAGGACAUUUAUUAUGGUCAAACCUGACGGUGUCCAUAGGGGCCUUGUGGGCGAGAUAGUCAAGCGAUUUGAACAAAAGGGACUGAAAUUGGUAGCUGCAAAGUUUGUUGUACCCCCUAGAAGUUUGGUAGAAAAGCACUACGCCGAACAUGAAGGUCGCUCAUUUUUCGAGGAACUAGUUGCGUUUGUUGAGCAAGGACCUGUAUUUUGCACAAUAUGGGAAGGACCAAGUGCUGUUAAGGUUGGAAGAACUCUUCUAGGAGUAACAUCACCAGUAGAUAGCGCACCGGGGACAAUAAGAGGUGACUUCGGCAUGUCGAUCGGGAAAAACUUAGUUCAUGCCAGCAGUUCUGUCGAGGAUGCUCAGAGAGAAUGCGCUCUCUGGUUUAACCCUGAUGAAGUUGUAGCGUGGACCCAUCAUGUAGCCCACUGGGUUCUUUAA